GGCGGGGGCACGGCGGCACGGUGAGGAGCGCGAUGACCAUAGAAGAAGCACGACCGCCGGCCGGCGACACGAGGCCAGCUGCCAGGAAUAUCCGGUUAUUUUACACCGACAAAUCGAGCCUAGUGUGUACACCUCUGUCGCAGUCCUCGGUGGCUUGAGCGCCGAAGUCGCCGGUAGAUGUCACCGUUCGAAGAAGUGGCAGUGCGGCAGCCGCGCCGUCCUCGUCGCUGCGCAGGCUGCUGCCAGAAAGUGUGGGGCACCAUCUGCUCUAACUUCGGCAUCUGCCUCAUCAUGGGCUACAUCGUAAUGGGCGCCUUCAUCUUCACGCACGUGGAGGGAGGCCAUGAAGCCUCGCAGAGGACGCGUGUUGAGGAAGAGAUACGCUCAGUGCACAAAACUGUGCGGCGGUCGCGACUGAACACAGUGGAAAAACUAUGGAAUAUCACCGUGGCCCUGAACGUGCUUCACAAAGAAAACUGGACCCACCUGAUGUCCAAUGAGCUAAAGAAGUUCCAAUCUGAACUUAUCCAGGCAUCCAGGAAAAACCACACGCAGCCUGGGAGAGAGCAGUGGGGUUUCUUUGGGUCAUUUCUCUACUCGCUCACCAUCAUCACCACGAUAGGUUAUGGCACGUGCUCUCCUAAGACAGACGCCGGGAAGCUGCUCACCAUCGCCUACGCGGUGAUGGGGAUCCCGCUCAUGCUACUCUACCUCUCCAACGUCGGAGACAUAAUGGCGCGCUGCUUCAAGAUGGCGUUCGGCGGGCGAUGCAUCUGUGCGGGGCGGCCCACCGAGAGUCCGCCGGCCUCCAGCGGCCACCUCCACCGACCGGACACGCCACAGACGGCGCUCAACCACGUGGACGGCGAGCUGAAGCGGGGCUCGGAGCCGCCCUGGCCGGGCCCGCCCUGGGACGAGGCUGGUCCGCUGCUAACGCCGGCAGAGCCCCGCGCGCCUCUGCUGCCCUUCUGCUUUUGCCUGGUCGCCAUCGUGGGCUACAUCCUGGCCGGUGGCUACCUGCUGACGCUGUGGGAAGACUGGAGCUACAUGGACGGCGCCUUCUUUUGCUUCGUUAGCCUAAGCACGAUCGGGUUCGGCGAGCUGACGCCCGGCUCGUCGCAGCUGGCGGCGGCGCUGUAUCUGCUGCUGGGCAUGGCGCUGAUCGCCGUCUGCUGCAGCCUGCUGCAGGAGCAGCUGGUGGCGCUAGCCGGCUGCCUGGCGCGCCUGCUCGACCUGCUGCCUGACGAGGCUGACGAGCGCGACGGUGACGAGCUGGCCAGCUGA